AUGAUACCCCCGCAAGUAGGCUCGGAGGAGGCCACAGAAUUGUGGCGGCCAUCGGCGCCCGAGCGAACGCAGAUUCACCAUUUCAAAGACCUUGUCAAUCGCAAAUACAGCCUGGAACUGGCAGACUACCACGAUCUCUGGAAAUGGAGUGUCUCGGAACCUGCGCUUUUCUGGGAGGAGGUGUGGCACCAUACAAUGGUCAAGGCGCACACUCCAUUCACCAAGGUCCUGGAUUCGAAUGUGCCACUCUUCCCUAGACCUCGUUUCUUUGAGGGGAGUACGCUGAAUUUUGCCGAGAACCUUCUCUUCCCCAAAACCUGUCCCGGAGACGACUCAAUCGCUAUCAUCGGCGCCACCGAGUCAGACCGCGAGUUCGUCUCGUGGAGAGAGCUACGUGACCGAGUGCGAAUAUGUGCCAAUGCUAUGAGACAGAGCGGAGUAAUCACUGGAGACCGUGUGGCCGGGUUUGUCGGUAACCAUGUGAACGCGGUCGUGGCCAUGCUGGCGACGACAUCCAUCGGUGCUUUCUGGACCGCCAUCUCACCUGACUCGGGCGUUCAUGCCGUUCUGGACCGUCUUGCGCAAAUCAAGCCUAAAGUCUUGUUUGCAGACAAUGGCUCUCUGUACAACGGAAAAGUACAUGGCACCGAGUCGAAAGUGGUUGAGAUUGUUGCAGGACUGCAGGACCUGGAGCGCGUCCUGAUCUUCCAGGCCAUGAAGACCGCAGAACUCGACCUGGAAAAAGUGAAGCCUGUGAAUGGUUCGGCAUCAACAUAUGCAAGCUUUUGUGAUGAACUCAAAGAUCAGGAUGCACCAUUAAAAUUCGAGUAUCUGGAUCCAGACCACCCAGUAUAUAUCCUUUACUCGUCCGGCACUACCGGGGCUCCCAAGCCAAUCGUGCAUGGCGCAUUGGGAACGCUUCUUCAGCAUAAAAAAGAGCAUGUUCUCCAUAGUGAUAUCCGGCCUGGCGACCGAUUGUUCUAUUACACCACGACUACUUGGAUGAUGUGGCACUGGCUUGUGUCGGGCCUUGCUAGUGGCGCCACCAUCGUGGUAUACGACGGCAGCCCUUUUCGUCCACUUGAUAUUGAAGAUGACAAAGGUGAUAUGGCCAUGGCUAGACUAAUUGACGAACUCGAAAUCACACAAUUUGGGACCUCGGCCAAAUACCUCUCUAUGAUCGAACAGGCCUCUUUGAACCCGCGCAACCAUCCCCACCGGCCAGUCCACUUGAAGACGUUGCGGGCAGUCUUUAGCACUGCAGCGCCAUUGGCGCCUUCUACUUUUGAUUAUAUUUACUCUUCGUUCCAUACAGACAUUAUGCUCGGAUCCAUCACGGGAGGAACCGAUAUCAUUUCUCUGUUCGGUGCCUCUUGUCCUAUACUACCCGUUCAUCGGGGCGAAAUUCAAUGUCGUGGGCUAGGAAUGGCUGUGGCCACAUUUGAUUUUGCAGGCAAUGAUAUAACAACUUCCGACGAGCCUGGUGAUUUGGUCUGCACCACACCGUUCCCAGCACAGCCCGUGAUGUUCUGGCCUCCAGGACCCCAGGGCAGUGAGAAAUACAGAAAGAGCUACUUUGAUGCAUUUGGACCCAACACAUGGCAUCACGGUGACUUUUUGCGGGUCAAUCCCAAGACAGGCGGCUUAACGAUGCUUGGGCGAAGCGACGGCGUAUUGAAACCAGCUGGAGUGCGGUUCGGAAGCGCCGAGAUAUAUAAUGUCAUCUUAAAACACUUUGCUAGCGAGAUCGAAGACUCUUUGUGCAUUGGGCGAAGACGUGAAGGCAUUGAUACGGACGAGACGGUGGUGCUUUUUGUGAAACUUGUGCCAGGCAGUUUCGCGCCCGGCCGUGGCAUCUCCCAGGACUUGACGGACAGGAUCCAGGCUGCCAUUCGCAAGGAGCUCAGUGCACGACAUGUGCCAGGAAUUAUUGAUGUUUGCCCGGGCAAUGAAAUUCCAGUGACUUCAAAUGGAAAGAAGGUCGAGAAUGCAGUGAAACAGAUUCUCUGCGGCCUGAAUAUCAAAACUUCUGCUAGCGUGGCCAACGCAGCUUGUCUCGAUGGAUACAAGCAAUGGGCGGCGGAGCAUUAG